UGUCCCACUACCCAUUGCCACAUUUUAAAACCCCUACUCUUUGACUAACAAUUCGUAAAGGUAGGUACUACUCCAUUUAUGUUGAGCAACCAAGAAUCCAUAAAAGCUCCAAUUAUUGUUACUGAGAGAUCUGCUAUACUGGAAAAUAGAUAUGGACUCCUCAAGAAUUAGUCUGCGUCCAUUUAAGUUAACAGACGUUGAUGAUAUGAUGUUAUGGGCAGGCGACGAUCGAGUAACUCGGACCAUCCGAUGGAAGACUUUGACCUCGAAAGAAGAGGCAUUGACCUUCAUCAAGGAAGUGUGUAUACCUCACCCCUGGCGUCGAUCAAUAUGCAUCGAUGACCGCUCGAUCGGGUUUGUAUCAGUAUUUCCUGGAUCAGGUGAUGAUAGAAGCCGAGGUGACAUAGGAUAUGCUAUUGCAGUUGAAUAUUGGGGGCAGGGGAUUGCUACAAAUGCUAUCAAAAUGACAAUCCCUCAAGUGUACAAUGACUUUCCUGAAAUAGUAAGGCUUCAGGCAUUAGCUGAUGUUGAGAAUAAGGCAUCCCAAAGGGUGUUGGAGAAGGCUGGGUUCAUAAAAGAGGGCAUAUUGAGAAAAUAUGGCUACCACAAGGGGAAAAUAGUGGAUCUGGUGAUGUACAGUCUCUUAUCCACUGAGUUUGACAUGUAAUUGCUCUUACUAUGUAGAAAUCUUUGUGUUGACUAGAACUCAGCAGAGUUUUACUCUAGAAAAAGGUCAUUCAGGUUUUAUGUUUUACAUAGUAUCAACUAAGUCAAAUGUGAUCAGGUAAUGUAGUUCAGAAUGGGUACUGAAUGUUUGUUUGAUUUUA